AUGGAUAACGAAAAAUUUGAUCUCGAAGACUGUGCUACCCCAAUUGCGACUAUCACUAUUCGCAACAAAGAAUCGUUGUUUUCCAUUAACCUAACUACCAACGAAAGAUGUGUAAUGUUGACUGGACUUCAAAAAAAUCAUUUUGAUGAAUUAUGCAAGUUGAUGAAAUACAAAAACGGAUAUUACAGUGUAAACAGAGAAAGUGAAGUUGAAAGAACUCUUGGAAAGUUCACAGGCACAAUACCAAAUACUAAAGUAGUCACUCUUAACAAGAAAAACCAACUCACUUAUGAAGAUCUGCUACUAUUGUUACUUACUCAAUUACAUGGUGAUUACAGGUAUAAAGAAUUGUUUGAAUUCUUAAACAUUGAAAUCAUUUCACCAGACAACUACGAAAAUGAAGUGAACGAGAUUAAAAACAAAAGAAGAAAAGAAUCAAAUAUAUCUAAGUGGCUUGAUCUGGCACUCGACUUGUUUAGUGAAGCAAUGAAAACAAUAUUUAUCGACUCUGUGUUAAAAUGUGCAGAAUGUACACGAAGCUUCGAUAUUGGUAGAUCAGCUGCUUUCGGAAAAUAUAUACCAGAGUUAAAGCAAGUGUUUUUUUGCAGUUGA